AAUAGAUAAACUGGACUUCAUCAAAAUUAAAAACUUUUGUUCUUCGAAAAACAUCAUUAAGAAAAUAAAAAGGCAGGGGGAAGGGGCAGCAGGCACCAUGUUGGGCCAUGAAGGUGGCAAGAAGAAGUCCUUGAAGCAGCCCAAGAAGCAAGCCAAGGAGAUGGGCAAGGAAGAUAAGGCACUCAAGCAGAAAAAGGAGGAGGAGCAGAAGAAACUCGAGGAGCUAAAAGGGAAGGCUGCGGGGAAAGGCCCCCUGGCCACAGGUGGAAUUAAGAAAUCUGGCAAAAAGUAAGCU